UGGAUGUCAUAGUGGGGUUACUCGGGACGUUCUUCUGCUCGUUGCUCGUCCCUGUCUCGAUCGUUCAUCGUUUCUGAAUUCGCAGUCCGGUUGACGGGCUUGUAACACAUCGAAAUGGCUCUGUCUUUACGUUUGGCUACUUCGAUAGCGAGACAAUUGUCAAACAACACGAUCCAGACGAAAUGGCCUCUUUGCAUAGCUUCUUGCAAGUACCAUGUAUCUUGCAGUCGGCGUUCAGUCGAAAUUUCUUCUAUCUUGGAAGAUCGUAUUCUUGGCGCAGCCCCUAAGGCCAAUCUUGAGGAAACUGGUAGAGUGCUUAGCAUUGGUGACGGUAUCGCCCGUGUUUAUGGCCUUAAAAACAUCCAGGCUGACGAGAUGGUGGAAUUUAGUUCAGGGCUAAAGGGUAUGGCUCUGAAUUUGGAGCCGGACAAUGUUGGUAUUGUAGUCUUUGGUAAUGACAGACACAUCAAGGAAGGUGAUAUCGUAAAACGUACUGGAGCCAUUGUCGAUGUUCCGGUGGGAGAUGAAUUGCUGGGACGUGUCGUAGAUGCCUUAGGAAAUCCUAUCGAUGGUAAAGGACCACUAAAUAAUAAAUUGAGAUUCCGUAUUGGUACCAAAGCACCCGGCAUCAUUCCUAGGGUAUCUGUAAGAGAACCCAUGCAAACUGGAAUCAAAGCUGUAGAUUCUUUAGUACCCAUUGGUCGUGGACAACGUGAAUUGAUCAUUGGAGACAGACAGACGGGAAAAACUGCUCUUGCCAUCGAUACAAUUAUUAACCAGAAACGAUUCAACGACGCUGGAGAAGAAAAGAAGAAACUGUAUUGUAUUUACGUUGCUAUCGGUCAAAAGAGAUCUACUGUAGCCCAAAUACUAAAACGUUUGACGGACAGCGGUGCUAUUAAUUAUACGAUCAUUGUGUCCGCUACUGCUUCUGAUGCAGCGCCUCUUCAGUAUUUAGCUCCAUACUCUGGAUGCGCCAUGGGAGAAUUCUUUAGAGAUAAUGGAAAACACGCUUUAAUUAUUUAUGACGAUUUGUCGAAACAAGCUGUUGCCUAUCGACAAAUGUCUUUGCUGCUGAGGAGACCACCGGGUCGUGAAGCGUACCCUGGUGAUGUGUUCUAUCUCCAUUCCCGUCUGCUUGAACGAGCGGCUAAGAUGAACGAGAGCCUAGGAGGCGGUUCGCUAACGGCUUUGCCUGUUAUUGAAACACAAGCCGGCGAUGUGUCCGCUUAUAUCCCCACGAACGUGAUUUCCAUUACGGACGGUCAAAUCUUCUUAGAAACAGAAUUGUUCUACAAGGGUAUCCGACCUGCGAUUAACGUAGGUUUGUCAGUAUCUCGAGUCGGUUCAGCUGCUCAGACAAAGGCCAUGAAACAGGUUGCCGGUUCCAUGAAACUGGAAUUGGCUCAAUACCGUGAAGUAGCAGCCUUCGCGCAAUUCGGUUCCGAUUUGGAUGCCGCCACUCAGCAACUGUUGAAUCGUGGUGUCAGACUGACGGAACUUCUCAAACAGGGACAAUAUGUACCCAUGGCUAUUGAAGAACAGGUUGCUGUUAUCUAUUGUGGUGUCCGUGGAUAUCUUGAUAAGAUGGAUCCCACGAAAAUUACUGCCUUUGAAAAAGAAUUCCUUGCCCACAUUAGGAAUACCCAACGGGAUCUCCUGAAUACUAUCGCCAAGGAAAACUUGAUCAGCGAGGCAUCCGAUGCGAAAUUAAAGCAAGUUGUUACUGACUUCCUUGCAUCCUUCUCAGGUUAAAAAUCGUCAGUAUAAAGUAACUAAUAAUUCUCUGCUAUGCAAGAGCCACGUGCAAACGGUGUUCGUCGUUGUAAGAACGUUUUGAUGAAUGCCAUUUGCGCGUUACGAAUAUUCAUUAUCAAGAAUUCCACAUUUAAAUAUUAAACUCACGAUAGUCAUGCGAAUGCUUCUAUACAUUACAUGUUGGCUGUUAAUAAAAUUAAAAGUACAACUUUUGGUAAGCAGACAGUUACUUCUCCCGAAAGAGAUGUCGAACAUAACAGAGACGGGAGAAGUUAAGAGGAUGAGUAAUAAAAUUCUAGAAUUUUUUCA